AUGGUGGACUACUUGAAAUUGCCUACUACUACACAUGAAAAUCCAUAUAAGCUCCAAUGGUUGAACGAGUAUGCAGAAUUGAAGGUAACCAGGCAAAUAGUGAUUCGAUUUAAGGUGGGAAACUAUAAAGAUAAAGUACUUUGUGAUAUUAUUCCCAUGCAAGCUUGUCACUUAUUGGUGGGUCGACCAUGGCAAUAUAAUAGGUCUAUCAAGUAUGAUGGCCGAACCAAGCAUUAUUCUUUUGAGUUUGUGGGCCAAAAUUUCACCCUCCAUCCACUUUCACCAUCAGAACUGUGUGAGGCUCAUCAACAAAUAAAAGGAUUGAAGGGAAAGGGAAGAAAAGAAAAGAAACCCGAGAGUGGGGUGAGUGAAUCUAAGAGUGGGAAGGGUGAGGGAGUCGAGGGAGUUCCAACUUUGAAGUGCAAGAAAGCUAUGGUAAUAUUGUCUAGGAAGAGGGAUCUCUUCAAGGAGUAUGAUGAUACCACACCUAUACUUCUCCUAGCACAUGUUUUUUACACUAACCUUUCAACUUCCUCCAUUCCCCCUUCUAUUUAUAAUAUUUUGCAGGAAUUAGAGGAUGUCAUUCCUAAUGAGUUGCUGCAAGGUUUACCCCCACUUCGGGGCAUUGAGCAUCAAAUUGACUUCGUGCUAGGAUCACAAUUUCCAAACAAACCAGCCUAUAGAAGUAACCUUACGAACACCAAAGACCUACAACGGCAAGUUGAGGAACUUCUUAAUAAAGAAUACAUCAAAGAGAGCAUGAGUCCAUAUGCGGUUUCGGUGUUAUUAGUGCCAAAUAAUAAUGAAACAUGGUUCAUAUGUGUGUACUAA